AUGCGUGCUAAAGACUGCGAUAGUAAGGCUAGGGAUAUGGCCGAGCGUGAUGACGUUACGGCUGAAAAGAAGCGUGACAAGACAGACUCGAAGUAUUUGGAGUCGGAAGAGGAUGAGACUGAGGAGGAGGCCGUUAGUGACAGUGAUGCUGAGGAAUAUGUCGAUAUAAAUGCCAUUACAGCUCGUAUGGGUGCGGUCAGAACACACCGCCGCUCUGUAGUGUCUUCUUUUGUCUCUCUUCCCAAUGAGCAAUGGGUACCGCCCGUUUAUCCUAAAAGCUCUCAAGACGCUGAGUCCAUUCGUCUCUCUGUGCGACGCAACUUGCUAUUUGCUAAUAUCCCCGAAGACACACUACAGGUGUUAGUCGAUGCUAUGAAAUACGUUGUCGUGAACGCUGGUGUGAAUAUAGUGACUCAGGGCGACAUUGGUGGCGACAGGUUUUUUAUUGUUGAAAGUGGAGUAUGUGAAGUACUGGUGAAUGGCCAAGUUGUCGGAGAAGUGAGUGUCACGUCCGCACGUAAUUACUUCGGUGAGCUAGCAUUGCUGUACGACUCUCCACGAGCCGCCACAGUGCGUACAAAGACUCCAGUAGAGUGCUGGUCGCUGGACCGAGUAACGUUUAAGCGAGUGCUUAUGACCACAACUAUGCAGCAGCGAGCACUUUCUCUGGAUUUUCUUGGUCAGUUUGUGGAGACCGGAGAUGUUAUUCUUGAGGAAGGCACACGAGGUGACGACUUUUAUAUCAUUGCAGACGGGGAGAUCAAGUGCACCCGUGGAGGAGAGGAGGUAUCAGCAAGACUAGGAGCUGGCGACUUUUUUGGUGAGCUUGCGCUUAUUCAUGAUGUUGUACGCCAAGCAACCGUCACAGCAAUGCGCAAGACAAAGUUGCUAGUGCUGGAUCGAGCCACUUUUAAGCGUUUGCUAGGCCCUAUGCAAGAACAUUUGCGUAGACGUGCCGACCUUUAUGAGCUUUACAUGAACGCACCAAGGAGUAAUGAGUAG